AAAAUCGACCACAAAGUAAAAGACAAAAACCAAUUUUUUUGUGUUGGAGAGGUGGAAAAUUUGUGCAGAAAAUUUUCCAAACAAAAUUCUACACUUACCAAUAAUGUUAAACUAAUAAAAAACAUUAAAAACUGCAAGCAAUAUCAUUAAAGUUUAAUAAAUAACAAAAAAAUCCAUUAAAAUUAUUUGAAUAAGCCCUAGAAAAAGUCUGCACAUCAUUUUCCAACUCCCCGAACAGCGAGCGAGUACGAGUAUAUUGUGAAAAACAAGAGAAAGCCCUCCGCUGCAGCAAGAAAAUGUUCGUAAAUUCGAUGACGUUUCGCGGAAACCCAUCCAACCAUCACCAUCAUCUGCAACCGCAUCAAUUGCACCAUCACGUCAACAGCCACCAUCAUCACCAGCAGCACGCAAGUGGUCAUAACAAUAACAACCAUCAUAGCAAUAAUCAUCAUAACGCCAGCAGCCACCAGAAAUCCUCGGAUGCUGGCAAAAUCUACAUCAAGAAUUUAGAGCGCUCCAUUGAUAAUGAGGCGUUGUGUGACACGUUCUCGAUUUUUGGAAAGAUUCUGAACUGCAACGUGGCCAAGGAUGAAGAGGGUAAUUCACGUGGCUACGGUUUUGUCCAUUUCGAGACGGAAGGGGCGGCGAAAAUGGCUAUUGAGAGGGUGAACGGAAUGCUGUGUAAUAACCAGAAGGUACAUGUUGUGAAGUUCAUACCGCGGCGGGAUCGCGAACAAGAAAAGGCUACGCAUUUCAAGAAUCUCUAUGUGAAGAAUCUCAAUGAUGAUUUCAAUGAUAAUAAUUUGCGCGAAAUGUUUGAGCCCUAUGGAAGAAUAACUAGCCACAAGGUUAUGCUCGACGAAGAAGGACGCUCUAGAAGAUUUGGUUUCGUGGCUUUCGAAAAUUCGCAAUCUGCUUUGUCAGCAGUUAUCGCUCUCAAUGGAAAGCAGCUUGCCGAAAAUAAAGUUCUAUACGUUGCUCGAGCUCUUAACAAGGCUGAACGCCAACAAGAGAUUCAACGAAAAUUUGAAGAAAGAAAACGUCAAAAACAAGCCCACGUUUUCUACUAUUAAAAGGAAAAGGGGAUUUCUACUUCCUUCUUCUGUAUCUUGUAGUAAAACAUAACGUAUUCAAAAGAAAAAAAAUAUAAAAUAAAACCACUUUUAACAAAUUAUUAAGCAUUUUAAAAAUAAAAACACAAACACACAUUGCAGCAAAGUACUAGGAGUAUUUACAAAACAAAUUUUAUUUUAAUAAAUAUUUGAACAUAGAAAAAUGUAAUAAAAAUAACUUUAAAACAAACAUUUGAUACUGCAACAAAUAAGAAAAAGACAAAAAUUUGUUGAUCUGGAUUCAUUAUUAUUGAUUAUUGUAAACAAAUAUUAUGAAAAGUGAAUAGAAAACAAAACAUAAAUUAAACAAAAUGAAAUCAAGUAUUAUUGUAAAAUUGCAAAAAAAAAGAAAAAAUACAAAAAUAAAAUUAUGAAAUAUGUAAUAAGUUCAUCAAAUUUAUUAUUCAAGCAAUGAACUUAAAACAGAGAAUAUACAAUUCAACUCAGAAUUAAAGUUUAAUUAAAUAAAAAUACACUAUAUAAAAAAUAUAAAUCGUAAUUUAAGGCAAAAACAAAAAUAUGAACAAAAUGAAAAACAAAAAUAUUAAAUUUACUUGUAGUUAAUGUUUAUAAUUUGAAAGAGAAAACAAAACAAAACAAAUCAACAAAAGAAAAGAAAACAAAAACAAAUAUAAAUGCAAAGUGCAGGAAAAAGACAAGUUUAAUCGUUUUGUCGAUUGAUUGGGAAGAGAAUGCAACAAAAAGAAUACCCACAGUUAUGGUGAAACAAAACAAAAAAUAGGGAAAUAUCCAAUUUUAGAAUUAUAUUUUUAUUACAUAGCGAUUAUGUUAAGAUACCUUAUGAAUUUAUUUGUUUUAUUUUAUUUUUUUUUACCUUAUUAUACACAUGCAAAAGAAGAUUUACAUUUACCAUGUUUUAUUUGGCAAACUGAUGUAUCGGAAAAUAGAAAAAAAAAACAUUUUAUUAUAAUUUGUUAAUAAUUGAAGGAAGAAAAGAAGAGGAAAGGAAAACCGAAUAAAAUAAUGCUUAUAUCCUUA